CAUCCUUCUUUUUUUUCCCUGCCACCUUUUACAGCUGUCCCUCGUCUACGUCUACUCAUUGCCAAAAUAACUUCCAAGCAACUCUCAACUCUCGUCCACCAACCUCCGUGUGCUGCCAUAUACACACCUCGUUUCAUCAGUCACACCGGACAUCUCUUUAUUGUUUUUUUUUCUGGGCAUACUCGGCUGUACCGGUUCCCGAUAAGGAUAUUUCGAGGGGCUCACACACUCCGGUAGGCUUCAGUAGCGCAUCGCACAUCAGUCUUCAAUCGACCGAUCAGCUGUCUGCCGUCUGACGAAACCGAAAGAAUACCGAGAGAACAUUCUCUACUCUGUAGGCAAUAGACCUUCAGCUCCCCAAGUGGCAAACUGAUCUACCGUCAGAAGACUAAGUAACAUCGGCGACGAUCUAUCUGUUCAGUAUUGAACAACAGCCCAGCCCCCAUCAAACACCACCCGAACUCAACUUCCCAAUAUCGAUCAGUACCAAAUUGCCACACAUACUAGCUUCCAACACUACGAAUGAUCUCAGCAGAUAUACCACCCGGAGAAGGGUCGACUUCCAUUUUACCAUCCUCCGAAUCGAUGCACCCUCCUGCAUUACCAAUCAAGAGGACGUCUGCCGCAGAGCCAGGCAAAGCUGGAGGUAAAGCUGGCAAAGGGGAUAAGGAGAAGAGUGGGAGGCAGAGCUUUAGUUGUGCUGAAUGUCGGCGGCUGAAGCUGAAAUGUUCCAGGGAAUGGCCUUGUACAUCUUGUGAGAAGAGAGGGUGUGCUCAGAUUUGUCCCAAUGGAGAAAUGAGGACUGGUAAGGGCAAGAGACUCAUUUUGGCUGAUACGGCCGAGUUACAUGAACGCAUCUCCCUACUGGAAGUCGCUCUUUCCCAAUCUCACGCCAAAAACAGUUCGACCCCACAUCCCCUCCUUGAAUCCCCAUACCUUUUUUCCCCACGCGAACCUCGUUCAUACGGCCGUAAUAAUUCCAAAACCUCUACCGGCUUCGGUAACGAGCCAGGGGCGGAGGAUGAACUUCUCCAAGGAGCUUUUGGCACAUUGACUAUAGGUCAAGAAGGACAAGCGACAUUUGUAGGUAGUUUUGCUGGGAGUGAGUAUUUGAGAGAAGGAGAAGGGUCGGGAGAUGAAUUAACUGGAUCUGAGACGGGUCCAGGGGUACUUGGGGGGGGGAACGCCCGCGGGCACAAUGCAACCGAGCAGAGGAGGCAGGCUUUGGCUACCCCACCCUCAACAGCAGAAGGUCGAUGGUCUGGGAAUGAGGAGUACAGUAAUCUCCCUGGUUUGGGAUUGCAUUCGUCCUUGUUUGCACGUGGGGAAAUCAAGUUAGACAAGUUAAGAGAUGAAUUACCGGAUUACGACAGAGAAGGGAGGGCUUUGGUGACGAGUUACUGGGAGAAUGUGAACUGGCAAUAUCAACCUAUUCCAAGAGCGAUGUUCGAGAAUGACCAUAUUCUCAACGCUUACGACACUGAAUCAUCACCGAACGCACACAAACUGGCCUGUGUAUUUCUCGUCAUGGCCCUCGGAUCAAUGUUCGACCUCAAUCGACCCCCAUUCCACCCGAGGGGAGAGCAGCUCUUCAUGUUGGGCCGCGCAUGUAUCAGCGUGGUAGGCAUAGAACAGGCUAGCCCUGCAACUGUGCAGGCUAUGCACUUGAUGGGUACUUACAUCCUCAAUGAUAAACGUGGGAACGGUGGUGAAGUGUUUUGGCCUAUACUCGGUACGGCUGUGAAAAUUGCUCAGAGUCUUGGUCUUCAUCGUGACGGAGAACACUAUGGCCUGUCCCAGUACGAGGUUGAAGAACGACGUCAGGUUUGGUGGGAAAUUGUGUCGUACGACAGGUUGCAAGCUCUAUGCUUUGGUCGACCUUGUUCGACAAGUUACAAAUGGUCAGAUACAAAGAUUCCAGAAGUGCCUGAACUUAUUGGAGAUGAAACUGGAUUCCAUCGUGCAAAAUAUGGGUUAAUGCACCUGAUGGAACGGGUCAUCGACGUGCAAACACAAGUGGACCCUGUGUCCUUGACAGUUGUCUCUCAGCUAGACUCUGACCUCCGAGAAUACAAGAAGAAUCUUCCAGAACUUCUUCUGCCAAACGUCGCAAUCGUUGACCUCCCACUUGAUCCCAACGUCCACCCUCAUCUCGUCAUCCACCGCUUUGGCAUCCGUCUUCAGAUCGCCCAGAUGCGACUUUUACUCAAUCGACCCCUUUUCGCACGCGCCCUGAAAGAUGCGCCUGACGACCCAUCACACUCCAAAUUCGGGUCGAGCUUUGUUGCAUUGUUUGAGAAUGCACAGGAGAUUGUACAUCUCGUCAAAGCGCUGGUAAUUUACCACCCAUCAUUGGUGGCUAGGUGGUGGUUCUUCUGGUUCCAUGCGUUUUCAUCUGCUGUUUGCCUUGCCGCUAUUGCCAUCCGAGCACCUCAAUGUGCCUUUGCCAGCCCUUCAUUCCACGCCAUGUCCAUUGUUUGCGACAUCUCCGCCGCUGCAAGGGAAGGAUGUCGUGCCAAAAAGGGUUUACCUAUCCUGUUACGCCUCCGUAAACGUGCGCACGAAGCGCUCAUUGCCGCAUCCCGCACCAAGAACAAGGUUGUUGCCGAUGGUUCUGGUGAGGAGGAUGAUUUGAGCCACCUCGUAGGAUCAGCCAAGCUGAGGCGGGUGCAAGCACCGUUAAGAGGGCCGUCGGCGUCAAGCUCGAAUGGGACGGGAGUUGCUGUAGGGAUCGGAAGGACGGGAGGCGUGGAUGGCACUCCAUCACCCAAUUCGGGGGGAUCGAUUGCGACCGCAUCGACAUUGGUGGACAAUGGUUUCUAUGACGCGGCCGUUCCUGCUUUCGCUGGGGACCAAACAACUCCUCUGACGGCUAGCUCCUACCCAGCCAGUUCUUACCCACUCAUGACAUCCUCCUCCUGGGAGUCUGAAGUUCCCUUGAGUGGAUAUAUUCCCAACCAUCUCAUCUCUAUUUCUGGUACCGGUCCCGGAGCUGGAACAAACAGGAAUACAUGGCUAAAUGCAUCCAACUCUUCUCCAUCAACCAAUAUUUCAGUCAGCCCGGAAUACGACGGACAAGUGGGAGUCGAUAUGGAUAUGUCCAUGGCGCUUGGUAUGAAUAUGGGCAUGGCGAUGGGUGGGGGUUUGGGCAUGCCUGGAAAGCAUUUCCAAGGUGACGAAGGCGGGGGUCAGAUGAGGCACCAGGAUGGGAUGGGGGGGCAGAAUGCGGAGAUGGGGGGUCAGGAUGGAGAUAUGUUUGGGUUUAACUUUGAGGCUUUCGUUAAUCAGAUGGGCGGAGCAGUUUAGAUUACUAAUGUUUCUUUAUUCAGCUAUUGGGGUCUUGACGUAAAGGGUGAGUUGUUGGUUAGAUGCUCUCCUACAAUUUGUAUGCUGCCAACUUAUGGCGCUUGUAUUACUACUUUUUGAUUAAGAUCC